CAGUCCAGCUUGAUGGAGCAGAUUUUUAUUUCAAAUUUCUGGACCAGCUUCUCCACCUCCCGGCUACGGGCCUGCAGUGUACACCUUUAUCAUAUACAUUACGUAAUACUUGUAUAUGUACAUAUGAUAUUGUCAAGCACUACCUUGAACUUUGUACAUUGUCUUGCGAUUAUUUCAUUUAAAGCUGAUUUUGAAAAGUUUGGAUUCAUGAGAAUAAACUUUGAAAGGAUGUCUGAACGACCACUUAGUAUUCUUAGGGGAGAGGAGAAUGAUAACGGCGGUGACUUCAUUCAUAAAGUAUUUGAAAACACUGUUAAAGGCACAAUUGAUACAUCAAAUGGAAUGGAACCAAUUGAAAAUCAAAUG